AUGCACUUUUUAAACAUAACCUAGAAGUUAUUCUGUAUAAAAACAAGAGGUCGAAGAAGUAUAAAGUUUGAAACAAUGGUUUUAUGUAACGUAGAAUGUUUAGAAAGAAUUUCAAAUUACUUAGAUGUUUCACCAUUGCCAUUGGAAAUGCAAGAAAAUGUAGUUGUUGCAACGAAACGAGAAUCAAAUCAAAAAAUAGAAGGAUUUAGUACUAUAAUUCAAUCAUUAAUUGAAAAUUCGAAUCCUGAUAUACUUGGUGUUAAUAAUGAAAUGAAGGCAUUAUCACAACAAUGGUUGGAAUACGCUGUUAUUUGUAUCAAUUAUGCCGAUACACCUAAUAAUGCGAAAAAAGUCUUACAGGAGUUAAAUGUUACAUUAACGGACAAGACAUACUUGACUGGUACAAAAAAAACCAUUGCUGAUGUUACAUUGUAUUAUGCUCUACAUUCAAUAAUGCGGGAAUUAACUCAUCAAGAAAAAGCUCAAUAUGUACAUGUGUCAAGGUGGUUUGACAACAUGCAACAAGAAGAGAAAUUAAGACAACAAUUAGAUUUAAUUUCUUUUGAUCUGUUACAUUUAUUUUUAUGAAUAAAGUAAAGAUAUGGUAGUGAUUUCCAUAGACAUUACAUAUUAAUGUUAAAACAGUUUUAAAAAAAGUAACAAAUAACUUAUUUGUCAAGUGAAAAUAUUAGUAACUAAAAAAAACAAAAUAUAAAAUCUAAUACACAAUGUA